UGACAUUUGAAUUUGAUCAAUUUACUAAGAAAUAAAAAUGAUGAUUCAGUAGAAAAUAAUGUUAUUUCAUGUUGUGAAACACGAACCCGAUGUCUUGUAACUUGAUAAAACGAAACUAUAAAGUAUUUCGUCAUUUUAAGUCUUCGGUGUUCUUUACCUAAAAGUGUAGCUAAUAACUGUUUUUAACAACAAUGGAAUUCCCUCAUAUCGGAAAGAACUGCUGCUAUAAAUCCUGUAACAAACUCGAUUUCCUACCUAUGAAAUGUGAUGCUUGUAAAGAAGUGUACUGUUCUGAUCACUUUGCAUACAUAAAACAUGAAUGCCCUGCACCAAAUAGUCGUGAUGUGCAAGUACCACAAUGCCCACUUUGUGGAGCUCUAGUACCUGGAAAAAGAGGAGAGCCACCAGAUGUUGCUGUGGGGGCUCAUAUUGAUAAUCAGUGCACAUCGGACCCAGCAAAAGAAAGGAGAAAUAAGGUAUUUACAAACAGAUGCUCUUACAAAGGAUGCAAAACGAAAGAGAUGGUGCCUCUUGUGUGUGUGGAAUGUUCGCUUAAUUAUUGUUUAAGACAUAGACAUACUGCUGAUCAUGCAUGUGAAGGAAAACUAGCUGCGAAACGAAGAAGAGCUGCUGAGGCAGCAUUGGCGCGCAUGAAAGCAAAUGACCACAAAAUAGCAAAUGUCCGACAAAUACCAUCAGGAGUCACCACUUCUAAUAUACAGGGAAAUAUGACUGAAGAUGAAGCUCUAGCACAUGCAUUGGCUUUGUCAUUGCAAGAUGAUCAACAAAGCAUGGGAAAUAUUCGGACCCGAGUGGGCGGUGAGCCUAACUCUAGAUGUACUGUUUCGUAAUUAAUUAUAAUCAAAUACCUUAUUGAUUUUUAUGUCGCAUUUUAAAUAUAAUUGGUGUGUAUUCGCUCAAUUUAUUAAAUCUAUUUGAUAUUAAGUUUCAUGUUAGUCAAUUACAUGCUUAUUUUAAAUAUAUUGUGCUAAAGAAAAAUUAUUCAAUAAUAUGUUAUAUUCUAUAUUGGUGUAUCUCCAAAAUUUAUAAUUUAAGAUUUGUAGGUAAUUCUUUAAAAUGUACAACAUAUUCAUGUAAAAAAUAAAAUUAAUAAGAUAAAAUAUGGGUAAUUUAGGUUAUUACUUAUUAGUUAAUUUUACCUCAUAUGCUGACAAUAGCUUCAAUGCACAAAAAUGAAGAUGUUUCAUUAUAAAUGUUACUGUAUUUAUUAAAUUUUAUUCAUGUUUAGCAUGAUUGUUGUAAUACUUUUGAUGUUUGGGUACAAGUAAAAAUAAAUAACCUAAAUCAAUUUUGAUCCUUAAAUUUAAUAUGCUUGAGUUAUUUUAUUGGCUUUUUAAAAAAAAUUGAUGAUUUCAAUAUUGUGAUUUUUAUUAUUAAAGAAUAUCUUAAGACAUAAC